UCUUGGUGUUAAAUAUCUGAUCAAUAUCAGUAUGAAAUCUUUUAAGAUAUUUUAAUAGUCUACACUUUUAAACCCUUGCAUACAUGCAGUACUUUCUUGAUAACAACUUCGUGUAAUGCAUCUUGGGGAGUUCCGUAUUACUGUCCUCCUAGAAACUGCACUGAGCAAUCACGCGGGAGACAUGGCGCUGACGUCACACCACGAGGCUCCGCCCUCGCCCUAUGAUUUUUGUGUCAGUGCCUUGAACAAGGGAAACUGUGCACUGUCAUUCAUAAAGGAAAUACCGGCUUGGUAAAUGGCGAAGACUUACGAUUACCUUUUCAAACUCUUGCUGAUCGGAGACAGUGGAGUGGGAAAGACAUGUCUGCUGUUCAGAUUCAGCGAGGACGCGUUUAACACCACCUUCAUCUCCACAAUCGGAAUUGAUUUCAAAAUCAGAACUAUUGAGCUCAAUGAGAAGAAAAUCAAGCUGCAGAUAUGGGACACAGCAGGCCAGGAAAGAUUUAGGACGAUCACCACGGCGUACUAUAGAGGCGCUAUGGGCAUUAUGUUGGUAUAUGACAUCACCAGCGAAAAGUCAUUUGAGAACAUUAAAAACUGGAUCCGCAACAUUGAGGAGCAUGCAUCAUCUGACGUAGAGAAGAUGAUCCUCGGAAACAAAUGUGAUAUGAACGACAGGAGACAGGUGUCCAAAGAGAGAGGAGAGAAAUUGGCAAUUGAUUACGGGAUCAAGUUUUUGGAAACAAGUGCAAAAACCAAAAUAAACGAAGAAGACUCCUUCACAACACCCACAAAAUACAUUAUGGCUCGACUUAACAGAAAAAUGAAUGAUGAUGCUCAAGCAGAUAGCGGGGGGCCUGUGAAGAUUUCAAAGAAGCGUUCCAAAAAGCACAGCAUCUUUAAGUGUGCUCUGCUGUAACUUGCUGUGUAUCUGCGGCAGCCAGAAAUGCUCUGCUGGUAUAACAUAUCACAUGAGCCCCUGCAAAGAGCUGGACUAUCAGGCUCAAGAACGGAUGAAGGUUCGUGUUUCCAAGCCCUUAAAGUCAAGAUGGAACAGAGGAAUGAUGCAAUUUUGAGAGAUAAAGUGGGUUAACUCGGUGGUAGAGUCACAAUAGGAAACGUUUCCAUUGUUGUGUGGUGAUAACCGUGAUGUCAAAAGAAAAUGGAUCAAAUAUGAAUGGUUUUGUUUUGAAAUGUUUUUGUAAAAUAUUCAUUGUGGACACAGCACAUGCUGUCUUAAAACAUUUGCUGCUGAAGGCUUAGAUGUAUCAUGUACAGUAUUUCUGAAUUAGUCAGUGAGUCUUGUUGUAAUAUGUUCCUGAGUGUCUUUUAUACAGCAUAUACACUGUGUUCUUGCACUGGUUAAAAAAAUUUAAUAGAGAAGAUCUGUGAAAUGCUAUUUUUGGAAUGUUAGUGGGUUAAAAGCACUUUACAUGUGUUUUCAAUGAGCUCUCCUCACAGGCACAUGUCCAUGUAUAGCACAGACAGACAUCAAUCCAUCUGCAGGAAGGUUGCAAAGAUAGAACAUGAUGGCUGCAGUGCAUAAUGGGGAGGAGGAACAUCUUCAGGUCAGGUAUCAAAGGGAAAACAUCUUACUUGACAAAGUCCCCCAUAGGAAGUGUGUGUGUCUGAAACAGCCAAACCUGCGAACCAUCAGUGUUAAGGAAAUAAGAUAAAUUGUGCCAGUGUUGUACUAUAGAUCCUCAGCCUUAUGGUGAUAAACUAUAGGGUUUAUAUUCAAAUUCAGUAUAGCACUGAUUUGUGAACAUUUUGUGACAUUUUUUGAAUAUGAAGAUGAUCAUUAAUUAUUUAAUUAGCAUUAGAUGAUCAAUAAUUAUUUAAUUCAUGUUUUAAUUUGAAAACGGGCUGCUUGGCCAUGUGAAAGCAAGUAUAGAGACUUAGGUCCUUGUGUCAAUGCUACAGUAUGUUUUGUAUUUUGCUAAGCAAAAAAGCCACUAAUGCAUGUUUAUGAAAAUUCAUUAAUUGAAACAGAUGUUUUGUAUUCCGGGUUGAUAUUUCUCACCUUUUAGCUCUUUCUAAUUUUUUGAUCGAUAACAUCUAGUGCAUAAUGUCAUAUAUUCAAUGUACAAGCGACCCUUAUUUACUGUUUACAAAUUUGUUUCACCAUGGGCUCUUAAAUGAAACAUACAGUUGCCAAAAAUUGGUAUUAUAUGUUUUUCAUGCUUGUACUGUCAUUAUGUGUAGUCCUUUUUGUCAAAGGAUGCAGGGUGAAUGCGGUUGGUUAGAUCAGCACUUUUGUUUUCAAACGCUUGAGACAUUACGGUCUCCUAUUCAAACUGCACUGAUAGUUGUGUCAGAUGAAGUAGUACAGAUUACAGCAAUAAAACGUCCCCAUUUGGGAAUUAUUUCUUCCGACUAGUGCUGAUAUUGGGAACCUUAAUGCUUUGGAACUGUAUCCAUUAAUCAUUUGUAAGUUGCUUUGGAUAAAAGUGUCUGCUGAAUGACUAAAUGUAAAUGUGAAUGUAAUCUGAGUUGGACUGUUUGAAUCUGGGUACCACAUUGAAUUAAAGUUUUAGUUACCAUCA